AUGUUUGCCCGUCUCUCUACUGCUUUCGCUAUUCUCCUCGGCUUGACGGCCCUUGUCAGCGCAGUACCAGCUGCUCCUGCAGUUGGUAACCUUGAAAGGCGCGACAAUGCCGCGAGAGAGAUCAAUUAUGUGGUACUUGCACGCGAAGAGGCUCCCGAACCAGACCCAGACAACUGGGAUUAG